AUGGAGGGAUUGGAUCCUUUGGUAAUUGCAAUUGCAAAGGUUAAGCAAAUCGUCGAAGGGAAGGUCACAUAUGGCCCUACUGAAUAUUUGGAGGUUGAUUAUCAAAUCUAUAUAAAGUGCAACAAAGUGGGUCGUUCGAUGCAAUCUGAAUAUGAGAAAGCCUUAAAAGAUUAUAUCAAUUCAUCAGUGGUUCCCGCAUUGAGGGAGAAAGAAGAUGAGCUUCUUUUGACAGAAGUUGUAAAGGAAUGGGAAUAUUACAAACAAAUGGUUACAAUUCUAUCCAAAUUUGUGUCUUUUCGUUUGACCAGUUCGAAUUAUUCGAUAAUAUUAGAACCCGAGGAAACUGCUCGGAGAUGCUUCCGUGAAAUAGUCUAG